ACUUAAACUUAAAAUUAAUUAUUCAAUAAUUUAAAAUGUUUGCAAUUCCAAAAUUUUUUUUUAUAGCAGAACUUCAAUAACAUAACCUAAAUCUUUUAGGUUAUGUUCAUCAAAAGCGCAAAUUAACAUCCAAAAUAAAAACAUGAUUUAAACUAUAAUUUAAAUCAAUUAAUUAUAAGAAAAGUGAUAGUUUAAUUUUAAAUACUUACAAAUUGGAAAUCAACAAUGUCAGGAAACGUUGUAAAACAAGGCCGGGAAUUGGCUUUCCAAAUGCUGAGAAAUUUACCCCGGGUUUGCAUCGCAAAUCUUAAAAAUCACCCUGGUGCUGUAAAAAAGAAUAAAAGAGGAAGAGGGCAGCAUGGAGGUGAUAAACACGGACACGGAAAUAAAGGUUCUUUGGCAAGACAAAAUUAUAUGCGACCUGGUUAUGAAACUGGAAAUAAUCCAUUUUAUUUGAGAUUUGGAAAGGAGCCUUAUUACAAAGGGCAUCAUCUAAGAAGAGAAUAUCCUCCGCUAUCAUUGUUAAAUUUACAAAAAAUGAUCGAUACAAAUCGAUUAGAUGCAUCAAAACCCAUAGAUCUUGUAAGUUUAGUAAAUUCUGGUCUUUAUUCCUUACAACCGGAUAUGAGACAAGCUGGAGUUCAACUUACAGACGAGGGACUAGAAAUAUUUACAGCAAAAAUUAACAUUGAAGUUCAAUGGGCAAGUGAACCUGUAAUUGCUGCUAUUGAAAAAAAUGGUGGAGUUAUAACAACGUCUUUCUUUGAUCUCCAUAGUUUACAAUGCAUGAUAAAGCCGGAGAGUUUCUUCAAAAAAGGUCAAGCAAUUCCCCGUCGACUUUUACCACCAUCCGAUUGUCUUGAAUAUUAUUCAAGUGCCGCGACACGUGGAUAUUUGGCGGAUCCAGAGAAAGUUUCCUACGAACGUCUUGUGUUGGCACAAAAAUAUGGCUACACAUUACCAAAAAUUGAAGAUGAUCCAAAUUAUGAAAUGCUCACCGAAAGAAAAGAUCCAAGACAAAUAUUUUAUGGUCUUGCACCGGGUUGGGUGGUGAGUCUUCGUGAUAAAGUCAUUCUUAAACCAACAGCCGAAUAUCUCAAAGAAUUUUAUGCAAGUUAAGAAAAAAAAAAAAAUAGUAAUUGUUAAUUUUUAAUUCAGAAAUAAAAAUUGUUUAUCAAUCAA